AUGUCUUCGUCUCCCUUACAAGGAUUGACUCCUUCAUUUGAUAUUGCUGGUGUCUCCAGUGCUGCUGCAGCAAUCGGAGCAGCAACCACCUUGUAUCUCAAUCGUCAUGAGUACCGCGGAGACACCGCAGUUGUUGUUUGUGCUUUAGCCUGGGCAUCGGUUUUUGGCACAGGUAUCUUCAAAGGACUUAGUGCCAGCCAAUCCUUAGGGAUAGCAACUAGUGGACUCGCGUCGUUCUUGGGGACCAUGAUCGUCAUUGCCGUUGCUUACCGUCUGUCGCCCCUACAUCCGCUUUGGCGCUUCCCUGGCCCCUUCCUCAACAAGAUCACGUCGUUGAAGGCCAUGCAUAUGGUGUCCACCGGUCAUCGUUACACGCUUAUCAAGGGGCUUCAUGAGAUGUAUGGCAAAUUUGUUCGAACUGGUCCCAACACGCUUUCUAUCGCGUCCGUCGAAGCCGUACACCCCAUCUACACGACUGCCCAGAGCAUGGAUAAGAGUAUGGCGUACCGUCCUGGACGUGCUCCAGUCGGAGGUCUAUUCUUCACCCCCGAAAGAGAUAUUCACAACAUCCGCCGGAAAGCUUGGGCCGGUGCCUUUAGCGCCAAGUCACUUGUCAAGCUUCUUGCCGUCGUUGAUAAGCGCACAAAGCAAAUGAUUAAGGUCAUGGACAAACGUCGUGGUGCUGAUGGUGUGAUUGACAUGUCUGAGAUCAUCCGUCAUUGGGCAUAUGAUUUGAUGGCUGAGAUGACCUUUGGUGCAACCAGUGACGUCUAUGGCUACAAAACGGUCCAGGAGCUGAUGGCUAAUGGUGACCCGGAGAAUGUCUCUGAGAACGCCCAGAACGCCACAGUCGUUUUCGAAGUACUUGGUGAAGCACCUUCCAUCUUCGACAUUGCAUGGAACUUGCCCGCUUCGGAGGAAUUCCAUGUCCUGGAGAAGACCGCCACAAAGCUUAUGGACGUUAGGAAGCACGUGACUGGCGACGAUAUUGCGUCGUACCUGCUAGGUGAGAAGGGUGGUGAGCGCCUUGGUGAUGAAGACCUCAACAUCGAUUCUGCGUUCGCUAUUGCCGCCGGGUCUGACACCACAGGUGGAACACUUACGAUCCUUCUCUUCUACCUUCUCCGCGACCGUGCUGUCUAUAAGAAACUUCGUGAUGAACUCGAUGCUCACUUCCACAGCAUCGAUGAAAUCGAUGAUCCAAAAGGCCUCCAAGAACUCCCCUACCUCAACGGUGUCGUCUGGGAGGGUCUUCGCCUUGGUACUCCAUUUGGCGGCCUCCCCCGUAUUGUCGGAGAGGGUGGGUCUAUGAUUGACGGUGAAUUUAUACCCGAAGACAUCAUUGUAUCUGUUCCGCCUUAUACCCAACAAACCAGCCCAGAGAAUUUCUACCCCUUACCUAUGGAAUUCUUGCCAGAAAGGUGGCAACCUGAGGGUCUUGGUCCGGAGACAAUCACGAAGAAAAACGCGAUGCUGUGCUUCUCCUACGGUGCGUUCAGCUGCCUUGGCAAGAUCUUCGCCACACAAGAACUUCAUCUCACGGUGGCUAAACUCGUGCUGGCAUAUGACAUGGAACUUCCGAAAUCAUUUGACCAACAGAAGUUUCUGGACGGUGUACUGAAUAUGCGUACAACUCUCUUCGACUACCCCCUUGCUAUUACGGCUACAGCUCGUGAUUAA